AUGGUCACAAUCAAUCUCGCACACUCCGCGCCCAUCAACCCGCUCGGGGCCCAUCCGGUCUUGACGGCAGCACAGGCCUGGGCCGGGUUGAUGCACAAGGCUCGGAGACCCCAAGACUUCGUGCCCGUUGUGUCGGGGUGCGAGAUCCUAUCCGAGGCCGAAACAUCCAUCGAAGCGAUCGUUUACUUCGAGCCUGGCGUGGCUCACGCAACCACGAUCAGAGAGACGUGCACCCUGCGGGCACCCUCGAGGCUAGACUAUGACAUGGAGGACGGGAGCACGGCCACCAACAUCAUCUCCCUAGGAUCGAGCGGAAACCCCGAAGAUCUCAUCCUCACAUUUUGCUUCGGCUGGGAACAUGCCGGCGUCGAAGAAGGAAGCCAAGAGGCGCAAGAUAUUUUAAGCAACCAUCUAAAUGUACUGCAUGGGCAAAAAGGUUCUACCAUUCAAUAA